AUGCACUCACUAAUGGACAUGGACAACGCGACAUUGGGAUUUCUUCGGUCGCCAUUUAGUAUUGAUAUACCGCAUGCCUUUGUGUAUAACGAUACACAGAACACAAGGCCAAUAUUCUGUGGACCGUAUAUGGAGACGGUGAAGUUAUUUGCCCAGGUCUAUCAUUAUCAACUGCAGCUGGAUGAGCUUGAGAGUCUGCCCAAGAAGUCGCUUGUUGAGCAGAAAAUAUCCGAUGGCAAUUAUAAUUUAUCACUGCAUGGAGUUCUGGUAAGAUCAGAGAUGGAGGAGAGAUUACCAAACGAAACGGAGCACAGUUAUCCGCUGGAGCUGAUGAGAAACUGUGUAAUGGUGCCUCUUGCACCCGAAUUGCCCAAAUGGAUGUAUGUAGUUUGGCCACUGGGCAGAUACAUUUGGACAUCCCUGUUCUUGGGCAUUUUCUAUAUAGCCUUUCUUAUGCGCUGGAUACACUGGUGUGAGAAAAGUCUAGCCACCAAAUCCAUCACACAAAAUAUGCUCUACGCCAUGGCUUUCCUAAUGUACAGUCCGAAUAUGAACAUGAAUUUGAAGCUCAGUAGACCUUCCGUGCUUAUAUCUAUGCCAGUCGAUAGUGGAAUAUUUGCAGAGCAUCAAACCAACUUUAAUUGCACCCACGCCUACUUUGUCACAGAGGAUCAGUGGCAAUUUCUUGAUGAGCAGCAAAAACUCUUGAAACAGCGAAUCUUUAAGAUGAGCAGCAUUUGCUUUGGUUCCUAUCAUUUGGCCUAUCCGCUGCUAAUGGAUUCAUCUUUGUGGCGCUACAUAGAUUGUUUUGAAACGGCUCUAUAUGCUGAACUAGUGACCCGUCUGCCGGCCAAUA